AUUUCCUCCUCGUUUCAUAGUCCUUCUGUUUAUCAGCAAGAUAGGCUGACUGAUUUGAUAGAGGAUGUGGAAAGCCCCCAGAGGUUGUGAGGUGGGCUUGGGGGAACAGGAGCAAGAUGCCAAUGCAGCGCUCUCUGAACUUGACAAAGGCUUGAGGUCGACUAAGGUUGGUGAGCAGUGUCAGGCAAUAGUGAGAUUCCCAAGACUCUUUGAGAAGUACCCCUUCCCUAUUCUCAUCAAUUCUGCUUUCCUCAAGCUGGCCGAUGUCUUCCGUCUGGGGUGAGUUAAGUCA